AUGCAUUGUCCUGCUGACAACAUACAGUUCACCCUUCCGUCGAACGUUACCGCAAUCGCAAACCCUGCUAACAUCAAAGCAAAGGUCACCACUUCCGCCCCGACGAUAGGCCCCGCCCCGUCCCCAACCUCCGCGGCAGCCUCAAGCUCCGUCUUCCGCUAUGGAGGGAUAGACGGCAACAACACUGGCACGCUCCGAGUCUGGCUGCCCCCGCCCAUACUCUAUCUCAACUGCUACUACACCGGCAAUCAAUCCACGAGCACCCAUGUAAUCAACGACAAGUCGAGAAGCGACGCUAACACCAACAUCAGCGUUUGCUACAACUUCUGCAGCACCGGAGCAAACACCACAGCUGACGGCGUACCCUACUUCACAUACUUUGGCAUUUGGCAGGGCACGUUUUGCAAAUGCGGCAACAAUUUCAACUGGCAGAUUGCGGGCAAUGCUAGCGCGAUUGCGACCGAGUGUCGUAAUCCGGCGUUUAAUAACGGUCUCAAUCGGACCUUGACGGGCACGGAUGCUGGUGGUGCGAAGAAUGCCAUGGUCGUUUGGAGAUAUAAUGAUCCAGACUUGGCGGCGUCGGUAAGGACUGCGCUGCGGCCCAGAUGCUAUCGAGAUGUGGGAUGCGACGUGUCUGUGGAAACGACGGGUGGGAAAUGCGAAUAUGACUACGAGACGGACGACGAUCGAGUACAAAAGCAACGAAGGAAAGUCCCGAUUGGUAAUUGA